AUGGGAAUUAAAACUGAAAUUGAUAUUAAUGCCAGUCCUGAGAAGGUUCGUGAAGUGUUCCUUAAUUUUGAGGCAUACUCAGAAUGGUCUAAAUUCAUUGAGCAGGUAAUCAAACCUAAUUCAAACGCCCCCACUGCUGGUGAUAAACUGGAGGUAACCAUCAACCCUGGGUCCAAGAUGGUAAUGAAACCCACUUUGUUGAAGAACACGGAGGAAGAAUUUCAAUGGAAAGGUACUCUUGGAAUUCCUGGUCUGUUCGAUGGUACUCAUCGAUUCCAAUUUGUGAAAACUGAUGAUAACAAGACUCACUUUAUCCAAUCUGAGGAGUUUUCAGGCAUUCUCACCUGGCCCAUUUUAUACUUCGUUCAAGACUCUACAGUUCAGGGCUUCAAAGACUUUAACGAAGCAUUGAAGAAGAGAGCUGAGUCCCAAUAA